CUCCUCCUCCUCGCGAGUCGGAGCGAUAGGAGCUCCAUUGCUCUAGUCUAAGCGUCGGGGGAGGGGGGAGAGCGAGGGCGAUGAAUAUUGAUGAGGCUGCCCCGGCUCUAUUGUGCAAUUGGAGCGGCGAGGUGAAGGCGCAGGCAGAAUGGAGGUGGGGAGCUGCGCGGCGCUCGUAGGUCUGGCGCUUCAGCCGCAGCAAUAGCCAGCCGCCGCCGCUUGCACGGGAGGCUUUGUUUCAGUCCGCCCGGGCCGUCGCCAUCCACCUCGCCCUCCUCUCCCGUGCCUCGCAGCCAAGGCGGGCGGCCACCAUGGUACCGGGACAGAAGCAGCUGUAAGGGAGAAGCCUCCCGAGGAAGAAGACGACAGAGAGCGAGAGCGGCUCGCCCCCCAAGCUUCCUCCUCGCUCCGCCACGCAGAGAGGCCCCCGCUCCGUGAGGUGGUCGCGCCUUUGUUCAAAGACUGGUGCAUUAUGGGAGUGAGAGGCGUGGCCACAGGACGAAGAGAGACACUAAUUUAAAAUAUCACCCAGUCAAAAUGAAGUGAUGAUGAAGAAACCCAGCUAUGGACUGCAGUCGCAGUGCUCCAAAAAGGAACAUUCAGUCUAUCUGCUGCUGUGACAUCUGAGAGGCAGUGACCAGUCUCCCUGUGUGGCCUUGGAUCCUGCACCCAGCCCCUUCACCUCCCUGUAGCCAAUGACCCCCAUGAACCCAAUGAAACCAUCGCUCCCUCCCACCCCGCAUGGUGAUGGUUCAUAUGCCUACGAGUCAGUUCCUUGGCAACAGAAUACCAAUCAGCCUGCAGGAUCUCUCUCAGUGGUAACCACUGUUUGGGGCGUCAGCAACACAUCCCAAAGCCAGGUUUUUGGAAACCCCAUGGGUCCUGGAGGAAACACCGCUGGUAAUCCCAUGAUGCCCAGCGUGGCCAGCAGUGGCUCUGGCAUGAACUCACCACAAUUUAUGGGACAGCAGCCUUUCCCUGAGGGUUCCACAGGCAAAGGUUACGUGCAACCUGGGAUGUACAGUCGCAGUUCAUACCCCGGAGGGCCAGGCUUCACCACAAGUUAUGCAGGGAGCCCAAAUGGCCCAGGGGGAAUGGGCAUUCCUUCUCAUACUGGAAGACCCCCGGCAGACUUCACCCAAGCAGCCGCUGCAGCCGCUGUAGCAGCUGCAGCCGCUACAGCCACGGCCACGGCCACAGCCACAGUUGCUGCCUUACAAGAAAAGCAGAGCCAGGAGCUGAGUCAGUAUGGAGCGAUGGGUGCUGGGCAGCCUUUCAACAAUCAAUUCCUCCCUCAUUCGGGGCCUCGAGGACCAACUGUACCUCCCGGGAUGAAUCCAGCCAACAUGUUGAAUGCCUCCGGGAUGUCACCCAUGAACAUGAACACAGCAAGGACUCCUACAAUGAGCGCCCUGUAUGCUGGGCAGAGGAUGCCACAGCAUGGCUACCCUACUCCACCACAAGGCCAGCAGAUACCCCGGCAAAGUGUCAAGAGGACUUAUUCCAAUGAGGGUUAUCCGGGACAACAAUAUAUACAAGGUGGCCAGUAUUCCUCUCAAGCCGGACAGUAUGCCACGAAUGUGCCUCAACCAUCUGCUCCAUCCCCCUCCUAUCCUGGUCACCGGUUGCCACUGCAACAAGGAGUGAGCCAUUAUCUCUCUGCCUCCAGUACUAGCGGCCCAUACUAUAAGCCUACUGAUCAGUUCAAUGGUCAAAAUGCCAAUUUUAACGGUGGCAACUUCAAUACCUAUGGACAAGCUACUAUGAAUGGGCCGGGAAGAUCUAUGCCUGGCUAUCCAAGCUCUCCUUUACCUGGUAACCCCACACCUCCGAUGACCCCUGGAAGUAAUAUCCCUCCCUACAUGUCCCCAGGACAGGAUGUGAAGUCACCAUUCCUUCCAGACAUCAAACCCAAUAUCAAUUCUUUGCAUCCUUCUCCAUCUCCCAACAUUGGUUCUUUGCAUCCUUCUCCAUCUGGAAACCCUUGUGAUGAGUUGCGUUUGACCUUCCCUGUACGGGAUGGUGUAGUGUUGGAGCCUUUCCGCCUCCAGCACAACUUGGCGGUCAGCAACCAUGUCUUCCAGCUCAGGGACUCUGUUUAUAAGACACUGAUGCUCAGGCCUGAUUUAGAGCUGCAGUUUAAAUGCUACCAUCAUGAGGACCGACAAAUGAACACCAACUGGCCAGCCUCAGUCCAGGUCAGCGUGAAUGCCACCCCUCUGACCAUCGAGCGGGGAGACAACAAGACUUCACACAAACCCCUCUACCUAAAGCAGGUCUGCCAGCCCGGCAGGAACACCAUCCAGAUCACAGUCACGGCUUGCUGCUGUUCCCACCUUUUUGUCCUGCAAUUGGUGCACAGGCCUUCAGUACGGUCCGUUUUGCAAGGUUUAAUCAAAAAGCGGCUGCUGCCGGCCGAGCACUGCAUCACCAAAAUCAAACGGAACUUCAGCAGCGGCACAAUCCCUGGGACUCCAGGUCCAAAUGGCGAAGAUGGUGUGGAGCAGACAGCCAUUAAGGUGUCUCUGAAGUGCCCCAUUACUUUUCGGAGAAUCCAACUUCCUGCCAGGGGUCAUGACUGCAGGCACAUACAGUGCUUCGACUUGGAAUCCUAUCUGCAGCUAAAUUGUGAAAGGGGGACGUGGAGAUGUCCUGUUUGCAAUAAAACAGCCUUGUUGGAAGGGCUUGAAGUGGACCAGUACAUGUUGGGAAUCCUGAUUUACAUUCAAAACUCCGAAUAUGAAGAGAUCACCAUUGACCCAACGUGCAGCUGGAAGCCGGUCCCAAUCAAACCUGACAUCCACAUCAAGGAGGAACAGGAUGGACCCGUGCUGAAGCGUUGCCGCACCAUGAGUCCCACCCAUAUGGUGAUGCCCAGUGUCAUGGAGAUGAUUGCAGCCUUGGGACCGGGUCCCUCGCCAUUUGGAUCUUUGCAGUCCUCUUCUGCUGGCGGUGGCACCAACGACUAUACCAGCCAAAAUUCAACCUUUUCUGGAACUUACCCAGAUUCAUUCCCCACUGUGAACCCCGGCACCCCAACGUUAAAUGAAUUCAACCCUGGGCCUCCUCCCAUCUCCUACCAGUCUGACAUUCCAGGCAGCCUGCUGACCCCCGAAAAGCCAACUGUUCCUUCCAUCCCUGGACAGAUGCCUCCAUCAAGCAGGAUGGAUCCUUCUUCACACAAUCCUGUGCAGCAGGGCCUAAACAACCCCAACCUCAGCAAUCAGCCGGGCCAGCAGCCACCACCACAACAGCAGCAGCAGCAGCAGCCACAGCUCCACCAUCGGAAUCCCCCUGUUCCUCCCCCACCAUCACGCCAGGCACCAGGACAGUCAGGCACCGGAGGCCCAGCACACGGUGGGGAGCUCCCUUUCAAUCCUGGUCCUGGGAUGGGAGCACCACCUGGACCUGUGGAUGGGCCUGAACCUUCCCUUGACCUUCUUCCUGAGCUGACAAAUCCAGAUGAGCUGCUGUCCUACCUGGGGCCCCCCGACCUUCCCAAUAAUAGCAACGAUGAUCUGCUCUCUUUGUUUGAGAACAAUUGAAGCCACCCCAGAUGAAACCCAGGCAUCAUGUUCCACCUACCAUGUCUUCUUUCUCUCUCUCUCUCUCUCUCUCUCCCUCCCUCCCUCCCUCCCCCCCUCUCUCUCUCACACACACACACACACUUUCACUUACAAUUCAUCCCGUAGCUUCCUAGGCUGUCAUCAAGAGAGAGACCUUGCCUUGUAUCCCAGUGGUAACCAUGAAGCCCUACUAGUGAAUCAGUGCAAGGGACUUUGGCCAGACAGCCAUCUCCUUUUCUUAGGAUUGCCUCUUGUCUAUAAAAGGGCUCCCAUGGGAGACUAGGAAUGCUUGGUUUACUUGUUUUGAGAAAUCCUUCCAGCCCAGGAGAGAUGGUGGUGCUGCUGCUGUUGAUGGGGACUGUUCCUGAAAAACGGCUUUUUAUCAUGUUGCUCAGGCCAGAUCAGGUACAGGGCAUUGCCUUGUUUCUAAUAAUAAUCCCAAGAUAUCUCCCACAAACCUGCAGCCAGGGCAGGAAGAAAUGCAUUUGGUUAGCCUUUGGAAAUGUUAGAAGAACUGACAACUCCCAUCAUGUGCAUCAUUCUUGAUAUCUUGAGAUGAGUAUGUCUGCCUGAUCAUCUGAACCUAUGAAAUGAAACUGACACCUCACACUUCAUCCAUUUUCCUAAUGGAUUUUAAAGAACAAAUUCCAAGGAAUAUCAGAGCUCCACUACAUCUACAGAAAGCAGAUAAAGCUUGCCUGCUUUUAUCUGUCCCUGGAUCUGGAGCCCUCCUCCCCAUGAGCUACAGUAGUUCUUCUUGUCCACCCUCUACAGCCUUGAUAUGGACAGAGCAGCAGUUCACCUAGCGGUUUCCAGCAUUAUGGUGAGAGCAUCCUCAAAUUCAGAUGAGCAACCUGCCCACUGUCUCUCUCUUCAAAAAGAGGCUGUACCCUGCAGAAGGACCCCAGGCAAAUUCCAGCUAGGAAAUCUUCCCCUGCUGACUGCAAAAGUGAAGAAACGCAUCUCUGACUGAAAGAACCAAAGGUUCUUCAGAUACAGCCUGACAGAUUACCUCCGUCAGUUGAUGGAUCCAUCUACAAGCACAACAAUGUACAUAAUGUAGAAAAAAAAAAAAAAAAAAAAAAAAAAAAAAAAGCAAGGGUGGGAGGAAACGAAAUGGGAGGGAUGGGAAAGAAAAUGUUUUAAAAACUCAUCACACUUGUUGUAUAGUCUCAUGGGGCUCCCCAGGCGUGGGGCAAAGGUCCUCUGUAUAAAUGUGCAUAAGCUUCCUAGACUGUAAUAUAGACCAUUCCACAUGGGACAGAGUGCACCAUCCAGAGAUGUGAUGCUUUUAGCCAUAGCCAGGGCCUGUCCCUUGCAUUUGACCUGUGGGGAUUCUGCCAAAGGAGAGUCUGGAUGCCGAGAUUUUACCCAUUUUAAUCCUGAGCCCCCGAAAGUUAAGUCGCAAUGAGACAAAUCCAAAAACCUAAGUUUUAAAAUAUGUGUGUGUGUUGGCCUUCCGUUCCCUUCCAUCCUGCCCAGGAACCUACUUUGGUUAAGGGUUGCAUUUGGGAUGGUGGUGAAGAGAUCCCAAAUGUGGUCUGUCUGUGAAAAAUCAAGCCAUUGUUUGUGGCCAGGUUUCCUGAGCCAGGGAGUCCCUGUGUCCCAAGUGCUGACAGCUCUGUUGACUUUCGUGUAUCUUGUUUCAUUAUUGCUAUAUAUUAAAGGAUUCUUUUUGGUGGGGCUCACCAAAUACCUUUUGUGGGCCAUUGACUUUCAAGUUUGAUUGCUUGCGGCCUCAAGGGGUAAAAGUGGGAGGAAAGGGCAGGUCACUUGGUGAGUUAUUUUCUCCUCUGCUUCUGUAGAAUGUAGAAACUCAUUUCUUGAAGACACAAGUUGAUGACCAACCCAAGGCCAAAAAAUAUUGAAAUUGGCAGCCAUGUCAAGGAAUAACCAGGAGCACAAUUUUAAUUAGGGCAUAACUAUAAUUAUUUGUGUGGUUGGAGAUGGUCUGUUGUCACAAGAGGCAAAAUAACCUUGAGGGCAAUUGAAUACAAGUACUGCAGAGAAUACCACUUUGGAAGGGGAGAAACAUUUUAGGGCCAUGCUAAAAGGUGGAGGCUGAAAGGGUGCCGAAAAGAAAAACCUAUAAAUAGCUAUUUAAAAAAUCUCUCCCUCUCUAAAACAGAUUGACGUUUCUCCUCUUUUAAGAGAACCUGGUAUUUAUAUGUCCUCCAGUAAAAACAUAAAUCUUACCUCUUCUAGGUCUUUGUGCUAGAAUUCAGUAAACCUUGGUCCAUUUUCAUUCAAAUCUGAGUGUUUGAAGGAAAGGAAACUCGGCCACAUGCUCCUAAUACCAUCAUUAGAAUCACCCCAUAUGAAGCACCCCAAAUCAGCUACUAUCCUACCAAUGGUGCGAACAUCUCUGAGCCAGACAGGGUGCUGGGAUUGUCAUGCAUGUCCAGGUUAAGCCUCUAUGUUUAAUUGUAGGACUUUGUGCACAUCAAGGAAAUAAAUUACUGCUGUGUUAGUUGUCCUGGUAUGCCUAGGAGAACGGAAAGUUACAAUACUUCUCAAAAAAAGAGAGAAGGGAACAUCUCACAAGUAGCAGUGCCUCCUUUGUACUAAAGAAACUCCAUCAAUCUGUGAUAUAUAGCCCAAGUUUUGAUGGCCCCAGAAUAAUUUCUGCUGCAAAUUAGAGAUUUUUGCAACCUCAGGAAGCAAGUUGAUGGCAUUGGGCCAGUGAUUAUAAUGGCAGGGCCCAGUGAGCUGGAUCUUGAUGUAGCUAGAGACAGCUAUUAAAAUUACUGAAAUUUUGGUCAUGUCUAACUAAACUCCUAUUAAUUUCAGGUAUGACUGAAUCUGGAUCUAGCCUUCCUGUGGGCAUGCAUGUUCCUGUCUCUUUCAAGUCUAGGAAAUCUACCUUACAGGUUUCCUUUGAAGUAGUCCAAAAAGUUAAGAAUGUCUGAAUGAAGAAGAAUUGACUCCUCUGAACUAUGGUGCUGGUGUAAAUUAUUGUGCAUACCAUGGAUGGCCAGAGUAAUUAACAGAGGUGUUAAAUUGUAUAAAACAGACACAUCACUCUAAGCUAAAAUCAUAAGGAUAUGUGUGAGUUAUUUUGGCCAUGUCAUGUGUGCAAAUUCAUUGGAAGAAGGCAAUGAUGCUAGGAAUGGUUGGUGGAAAAAGAAGAAGGGUCAAGCAAAGAACUUGCUGGCUUGAUAACAUCAAAUCUGAUACAAAGAUGAACAUCCAACAACUGAAAGAUGCUGUGCUUCACAAGCUAGCAUGGAGAACACUUGCCUAUAAAGUCACCAAGAGUUGGACACAACUAAAUGGUUAAAACAACAAUUCCAAAAAACCACCUUGGUGAGAAGAGCUUUUAGCAAGUUGAAUCUCAUUCCAAGACUGAGUCCCAGAGUUCAGCUGUCUGACAUUUUGAAGUCACCCUGGUGUCGGACAUAGAAGAGUCUGAAGGUGCCCUGCAUAACAGGAGAAGGGUCACUGGUACAGCACUGUAUCAAGGUUCGAUCCCCCAUCUCCAGUUCAGCAGAUUAGGUUGCGAAAUAUAUUUGACUGACUUUAGUCAGGUAGUAGUUGGGAUAGAUGGAAUUACAACCGGUCUGGUAGAUUGCAGGUUCCUAGUAACCUAGGAGAAAUUCCAGGGUUAAAUGUACUCAAGGCUAUUUCUAAGUAAAAGGGAGAUAGGGAAAGCAGGCAAAUGCCCGGAAUUCCUGAACCCCAGAUGGUCUCCAGGAAAUGGAGGAAAUUUCAAAAAUCAAAACUUUGGGAAGGGAACACAGUAUGAAAUUUUUCCUGGAGCAUUAACCAACAAGGGAAGUUCGAAAGGCACUUGUUUUGCACCCCAAGACAAAUUUUGGGAAGGAAUAAAAAUGAGCUAAAGGCAGUUCUUGCUUACAAAGCACCCUACUGCAAAGCGCAAGGAAGGCUUUUAGAACAAAGUGGAGAAAUCAUUAAGGGCUAAAGACAACUUGAUUGCUUAAAAUUAAAUUUCCAAAAGGAAAUGUAAGAUGGAACAGAAUCUACAUAACAUAGUAUUAACAAAAUAUAGGAAGCACAGUAGAACGUAUAAUUGUCAGCAAGCACAUCAUUCUUCCAGAUUAUUUUGCCUGGGGAUGUUAAUGAUGUUGGGUCCUGUAUGCUGAACUUCUGCAGAUUACUGGGAAAGGGCAACAGCCAAGAUGCCACCUUAAAAAAAAAAAGUAGCAAGUCUUGGAAAUAAAUUGGUAUCUCGAUUGAGUCUGCCUCUUGUGGUAUGUAGAAAAUUAAUGCUGAGGAUGAUAAGUAUUCCCCUACCAGUUUCCAGAUGGUUGAUCAGGAGUGACUGGAGGAGAAUUAGGUAGUCUUGCAGAUUCUGAAUGUCCUCUCUAGGCCCUUCAGAUGUCCCUAAUUACCAACGCAUGCCCAGAGAAAUACCCUAUUCGGCACUUUUCCUUUCUUGACGUACAGACCGUGAGUGAAAGCAAGAAGAGGUCAUUUUGACUGAUAACUCAUAGCUCAUGAGUUCAAUAUCCAGGUAAGACCAUUGCUAGGAAUCGCAUGCCUUCAAUUAUGUAGGCCUACCAGUUUUCACUAAUUAAUAAUGUACUAGAUUAUAAUACAUUAUUCAGAAUAAGGCUUUUUUUUUUUCUUCUUUCUGUAUUGCCAGGUAUUUGUUCUACUGACCACCACUAUCACCGCAGGGGACGUCCCAACAAACAUAAAGGUUUCUAAUGAAGGAGUGCUUGCUUUUAUCACUAGCACCAGCAAGUCUGAGCUUAAUUUUAUCCUAAGAGCGCUAUACAUCUUUUUCUUUUGCAGCUCUGAAUUGUCAGAAAAACAUCUGCAUAAAUGUUGCUACAUGUUGUCAUUCUGUUCUCACUAGAUUACAAUAAAUAACUGAAACUCA